AAUGAUAGAAAGUAGAUAGCGAUCUACCAGUCGAUUAAUAUUUACAUCAAGUCCUUUUUUGCAAACAAUACCGUGUUAUUUGUAUUGUCUAUGCUGUAUAUUCAAGGAUGCAAGCAUACUUUUUAACCUUGAAAUCACAAAUAAAAGAACGAAAAAAAUUGAAAUAACGAAUAAAAACUAAUUUAAAGCAUUUAUAGAUAAUUUAAUCUAUGUUUGUGGCUGUGUUAGAAUUUAUUUUAAAAAAAGGCAGAGGAAUAUGAUAUUUAGUGAGCAUCUUACUCCUUAUGGGACUAAUUGUUUACAAUUGAAAAAUCAAUUGAAAGGUUGCAGGCGAUAUCUGACGAAUCGAAUUAUAAUCAAACUAGUAAAAACACGUGAUUGACGCACGCACUGUAACAUGAUAAUUUCGUUUUAGUUCUUUAGUUAUAAACUAUAACUGGAAGCUAUAAACCGAAUUUACAUUGUUAAAAAGAAUAAUGGGUACUCAAUUAUUGAAAGAUACUCUUGCUGCAAAAAUAAGUACUAGAAUUAAGGCUGCAGUUGUGGGUGCAGGUAUCAUUGGUGUAUCAACAGCCAUUCAGAUAUUGGAACUUGUACCUGGAGUACAAGUAACAUUGAUUUCAGAAGACUUUAGUCCAAACACUACUGGAGAUGGUAGUGCUGGUUUUUGGUGUCCAUAUUUGCUAGGAGAUCUACCAAAGGAUACACUAAGAAAAUGGUGCCAAGAUACAUAUGAUUUUCUGCUUAAUCUAUAUUUAACUCCUGAAAGUAAUGAUUAUGGAAUUGGUCUUCUUUCUGCAUAUUUUUUAUAUGAGAAACCUUUUGAAGUUCCUCAAUUUGCAGAUUAUUUUACUUCUUAUAGAAAACUUACAGAAAAAGAUUUGAAAUUAUUUCCUAGUCAAUAUAAAUAUGGUGCCUAUGCAACUACAUUUUAUACAGAAUGUACUAAACUUAUUCCAUUUCUCAUGAAAAGAUUUCAAGAUAAACAUGGAAAAAUAAUCAAAAGAAAAAUUACUUCAUUUAGUGAGCUAGCAGGUGAAUAUCAUAUUGUUAUAAAUUGCACAGGUAUUGGUGCAUCUCAAAUUGUAUCUGAUCCCAAACUUAAACCAAUUAGAGGUCAAGUUAUAAGGGUCAAAGCUCCUUGGGUUAAACAUGCAAUUUUAGCAUCUUCAUACUAUAUUUUACCAAAUUCAGAAACAAUUGUAUUAGGUGGUACUUCACAAGUUGAUGAUUGGAAUUGUGAAGUGGACGAAAAUGAUCAUGAAAAAAUUUUUAAAGGUUGUUGUGAGAUUGUACCCAGUUUGAAGGUAAGUCCAUUUUAUUAAUUUAAAAAGGUAUAAAUAGCACAUUUUGCUAGGAGAGUCAUACUAUUGAAAAUGUAAAAUAUAUAACUUUUCUUACAUUGAAACUUUCAAGUUAACAUGAAAGCAUUCUUACGUAUGUGUGAUCACUUACAGAAAUAAAAAAAAUUCUUUUAGCAUCAUGUCAAUAUACAAAGUAUAAGUUAACACCACACACUUUAUGAUUAUAAGUCCGUCUUUGUCAAAUAUUUCCAUUGUAUGUAUUUCAUGCUGUUUACAUUAUUACAUUUGAGAUAUCUUAUUGUAAAUUUAUUUAUUGGCAAGAUAUGUAAUGUGAUAACGACUGAGGCAGUUCAGGUGUUGACUUACCAUUCCAGGGAAUCAGAGAACAAAUCUGGAGGUCUAAAAAACCCCAGGAAUUUUUGCUGGUGGUCCAUCAGUCCAUUGCCACCUGGCUAUCCCAACCCAUCAUUGGUAUAGAAGAGAAAGAAAGCCCUCUUGAUACCCAUUGGUCAGAAAGAGUAAAAAAGUAUAUAAGAUAUAUGAGAUGAUCACCAGAAAAGUGGUAGAAAUGAUGAAUGUUUUUCUUUAUUAAAGUAUAAAAAAUAUUAAUUCAAAAUUGGACAAAUAAUAAAUGCCAAAAAUAUGCAAACAAGUACAUCUAGCUACUUUUUCUUUUUAACUGAGGUUAAACUUUAUUAUUAAUGAGUAUAUUGGUGAUAAUGCUUAACCUCAAGUUAUACUUUCUUUUUGUACCACUUUUCUACUGUAUUAUUCAUGUUAUAAAUGUAGAUUCUUACAAUUAGGUUUUGAAAUGCCUAAAGUAUGUCAUUGUGCACUCCACAAGAGAUUACUUCAGAAAUCCAAUCUCUAAAUUACCUUCAGUUGGACUUUAGAUUCAAACUGAAGGUAAUUUUUUUGGCAAAAGCUGAAGAAAUUGUAUAAUGCUAAAAAGUAAAGACUUUUUUUGUUUUAUUCCUUGUUAGCUUUACAUAUUUAAUCUCAAUUUCAAAGUGCAAAAGUACUUGUCUGUUUUUAACAGUUCACAUAUUGUUUAUUCUUGGCACAUCAAAAAGAUACAUUUUGAGACUUAAUUCAAAAUAAUACUAAGGCAAGUAAGACAUUAUUAAAUUAUUUUAUUUCUUAUUUCAAAACAUUUUCUCAUAUACCAUCAAUAAAAAUAAUCAUUCCUUGCUUUAACAACUGUAACAAAAUCAUAUUUUUCUAGAAAUAUUAUGAACUAAAAAAAAUGACUAAUCAUUCCUUUUUAAGAUUAGUUUUGUUAGUUUCAUACUGAAAAGCAAUAAAUUAAACUAUCAGUUAUUUUUUCAUUUGACUGAUAAUUUUUUAUUUGUGUUAAUUCUCUUAACUGAAACAAAACUAAAAAUUUGUGAAAAAUCCAUUCCUUAAACAUAUUAAUGAUCUUCUACUUAAGUUUGCAACAAAAUGUGUUGAGAAACAAAUGUAAAUAUUAUAAAACACAAUAAAUCGUAUUAUCAUCAUAACAGAUUAUUAUUUUGUUUAAUGAAAAACAAAGUAUUCUACUUGCAUACACAAUCUUAUGUCACUUAACUGUACUGUUUUAUUUUACUAAUGUGAAAUUGGAAACACGUGGGUAUCUGCUAGCUGUCACUGUGUACAUGCAAGCAAUAGCAAUUAGGCAAUAAACAAACCUUUAGCUUUGGGAAAACCUUUGGACUAAACUUGGCCAAAGCUAAUUAUUAGGCCAGACACUACUGAUCUAGCUAAAAAUACAUCUGGGGGAAAAAAUGACAGAUGUUGCCUAUACUCAAAAAAGAAUCUAUUGGGUUGUUCAGAAAGUAAUUUCAUUUUUUUUUACUACUAGACAAGGGGUGGCCAACAGUUUUUGCCCCCAGGCUGGAUUGGAAAGAAAACUUUUUUCACGGGCCGAACCAGAGGUUGCCCUAAGAUUUUGAGGUGAUGCGAGAUCUCAUUGUGGUGUCACCCCGUAGAGACUGAAUAGAUAGAGAUUACAGAUACAUUUUUUACAUUAUCAUGCUUUAUCAACACUAUGCUGUACUUAAGAGAUUUGUA